AUGCUCGAAGAGCGGCUACAUGUAGGCUCAGAUCAAACGCAGCGUUUCACCUCCAUAUCUCUCGCCCUCCACGGCCUGGUAUCCGUUUUUGGAGGCCCGCUCAUCGGGCAUUUCGCGGACAAGGCGUCCAACCGCAAGCUCCCGUUUCUCAUAGCGCUGGUGGGAUGUAUCAUCGGGACGUUCAUGGUCGCCUGUGCGACGUCUGUGGGUGUAUUCUUCGGCGGACGUGUGCUGCAGGGAAUUUCAGGGUCCGGGGCGUGGAUUGUGGGCCUAGCAACGGCGGCGAAUGCGGUCGGUCCGGAGCAGAUUGGGACCACGAUUGGGAUUCUUAUGGCCUUUGUGAAUGCAGGGAUGAUUACGGGGCCGAUGGUCUCGGGCUUUAUUCUGGAGGCGGGGGGGUAUUGGUUAACGUGGAGUGUGCCGGUGGUGCUAUUGCUCAUCGAUGUCGCGGCUCGUUUGCUGAUAAUCGAGAACUCCGAGAGACCCAGCACGAAGGCUCCGGCAGAGGCGGAGGAAAUAGACAGUCUUCUUCAUUCGCAGGAUGGUGGUCAAGAGGGACCGUCUGCUCCGAGCUCGAACUUCUGGCGCACAAUGUUAAGCAAUAGCCGUGUGAUGACGGCAUUGCUGAUUGGGACUUGGGGUCCGGCCCUAAGCACAUGCUUCAAUGCCACUCUUCCACUCCAUGUGCUGAAUAUCUUUGGAUGGAGCUCCUCUCGUGUCGGACUGAUGUUCUUCCUGCUAGCUGUACCGGGUCUAUUCUUCAGCCCGCUCGCGGGAUAUCUUCGUGAUCGCAUCGGCACCCGAAAACCAGCUACUAUGGCCCUUGGUUUACAGGCAGUGUUCCUAGUCCUGUUAGGAUUCGCUGGAAACAGUCAUUUUGACUGGGCUUGCUCUGGUGGCCGCGGCCCGGCACUUUAUAUUCUCUCAAUUGUCGCAAUGGGCAUCCUGCGACCUUUUAUCUCGGGUAUCGGGCCCGUAGAGUUAACUUCCGUCGUCAAAGCAGAAGAAGCAAAAAAUCCAGCGAUCUUCGGACCCCGAGGUGGCCAUUCGCGUGUCUUUUCUCUGGUUGAAGUCGCUGCCACGGCUGGCAUGACGAUUGGCCCCAUAAUCUCUGGCAUCCUUGUUGAACAAUUCGAUUACUAUCGAAUGUCCUGGAUAUUAAGCGUUAUAUCUAUCAUUAUGGCUACCUUAGCCUAUACCUUCCUAGGAGAUAAAGAUAAGGCACGUGAAGCAAACGCUGAGUGA